AUGCGCGCCACGUGUUCGCGCAAAUGCCUGGCCGAGCUGCUCGGCCGCCUUGGCCAGGUCCAGGCGCAGGGCCAACCGCGCUGCCCCUCCCAGCUAUCUCCCGCGCGCUCCAUGACGCGCGGCCGGAGCGUGAACGAGCGGAGCAAGAAGAAGCGCGUGAACGACCUCGAGGUGGUCAUCGAGCGCUGCAAGGUGGUCUCCAAGGUGCUCGCCGUGGUGGACGCGCUCAAGAUGGAGGAGGAGCACGUCACCCCUCUCAAGCGCCUCGAGAUCCUGCGCCCGCAGCUCGGGCUCGCCAAGCCGCACAAGGUCGCCCACUUCGUGCACAGCUCGCCGCAGCUCUUCGAGGUCUGCCGCGACAGCCGCGGCGUCAUGUGGGCCGGCCUCUCGCCGCAGGCCGAGGCGCUCGUCGAGGAGGAGGCGCGCCUGCUGCAGGAGCACUCCCCCACGGCUGCGGAGUACGUGACCAGGCUGCUCAUGAUGUCGGUGCAACGGCGCCUGCCCGUUGACAAGAUCGCGCAUUUCCGGCGUGACAUGGGGCUUCCUCAUGAUUUCCGGGCACGGUGGGUGCACUUGUUCCCUGAGCUCUUCAGGUUGGUCACACUGGAGGAUGGCGACUACUUGGAGCUUGUUUCCUGGAACCCAAACUGGGCGGUCACUGAGCAUGAGAAGAAUAUGGCAGCAUUGGCUGGUAACGCCGAUGCCAAUUCCAAUGCUACUACACCAGGAGAGCUCUCACUUCCAUUCCAGAUGAAGUUCCCACCAGAUUUUAAAAGUUACUACAAAUUUAGAGGAAAAGCUCAUCACUAUGUGAAAACCGGCAAUACCGAGCAGUUUCAGAAGACAACCUACCUGUCCCCUUAUGCAGAGGCAAAAGGUUUGACCCCUGGAUCUCAUGAGUUUGACAAGAGGGCAGUCGCGGUGAUGCACGAGAUACUGAGCUUCACAUUGGAGAAGAGGCUGGUAACUGACCACCUGACGCAUUUCCGCCGUGAGUUUGUUAUGCCACAGAAGCUGAUGAGGUUGCUACUGAAGCAUUAUGGUAUCUUUUAUGUGUCUGAGAGGGGGAAGCGGCUGAGCGUGUUCUUGACAGAGGCAUAUGAUGGGACAGAGUUGAUAAAAAAGGCUCCGUUGGUAAGGUGGAGAGAGAAGGUCCUUCGACUUACUGGUUACAGAGGAAAAAACAAGAAUAUUGGAAAAGUUCAUGAGUCGUCUGAUUCUGAGCACUGUUUGUUCGGUGCGAGCUCAUCAACAUGUGGCGGUGGUAGCAGUGAUGACGAUGAUGCUGAUACUAUAUUGCAUGUUGAAAGUGAAGAUUCAGAUGAUUUCUUGGAUGAUGGCACUCUUACAGAUGAUGGUGAGAUGGAUGAUGGUGACAUCGAUGAUGGUCAGAUGGAUGAUGCUGGGAUGGGUUUUUCUAGUGAGAAACAUGUUGAGAUGGUUUUAGGAGAUGUAAGUGAUUAUGCAGAGUCAGUGAAAUCCAGUUAG